AGAGUUUUAUCCCUAUGUUGUUCUAUUUGUCUAAACUAACAUCUCUCAUCACAGGGUAUAUUUCUAUACGUAUAAAUUUGUUAGAUAUUAUGAACGUCUAAAGAAAUGAUUUUAAUAUUUAAGAAUAAAGAAACAGGAAAUAAAAUACUAAAAUCCGUUAGCCGAAACAUAACCUAUCAUAUUAAGUAAUUGUCAAAAAAAAGCGUAGAAUCUUCUUGUUUGUCUUUAGAGUGCUGCAGUAUUGCUAAGAGCAAGACAACUGCAACACGAAAGAAAUUAGGCAAUCCAAACCACGUGACCUCUGGUUGGCACACAAACUACAAACUAACAAAGAGGUUAUGUUUGUAUCUAUUUUUCAAUGAUUUUUCAUUGUUUAUCGUCGUAUUUUGGAUUCAUUUGGAUUUAGUUUCCUGUUUUUGUGAACUUUAUAAACUUUACCACAAUGCAAACUGAUUAUUUAAGGAAAUUAUUAUUGGAAACUCCAGAUGUUGUGAGAAAGAUAUUUAUUGAAGCUGAAAAUAAUUGGGGAUUUAGAUCCAUACGCAAUUCAGUCAGACUUGGAUUUUACAGUAAAGUGCAGACCAUUUUAGAUAUUUAUACAUAUCUGGUGGAAUCUCGCAGUUGCUACUCUAAGCAGCAGAUGAAAGCAUACAAAAGCCUUCAGGCACAUAAAUAUUUUACAGCUGGAUUUGUUUUGAAUGGAGUAAAAAUUGUUAAUGAUUUCCUGAUUUCCAUAUUAUUGUUGGAAAGGUGAAGCAUUUCCAAAAAUCUAAUGCUAAACGACUAAAUGCUUGGGCGGGGUGAUAGCCAGUUCUGAUGACAUAGCAAAUGCAGAUUGUAUGCGUAUGGCCGGUAAUAGUGAAGUCUGCAGCAAUCCUAUUUUUAGCAGAGUAUGCCCAGGACAAGACAGACGAAGAAGAACCCAAUGCAUGUACAUAUGUUACUGCUACAUGGUUUGGAAAUAGCAACAUAUGCAUUCUCUGAUGAAAAACUAAUGAGUUUUGAAACUGUUCGGUCAGACAGCUUGUUGUGCUCACUAAAUGAACUGAAAUAUAAGAUGGCUUUGGCAUUGUGUUGCAGCGAUAUGAAAAUGGUUAUUCAUUUUUAAUUAUAAUGUACUUCUUCAUCAUGAGUAAUUAUGUAUUGGUCUUUUAAAUGUGUAUUUAUUUUUGUAAUUAGUACCAACUUGUAAUGAUAAUAUACAUUUAUCGUUUAAGGUAUGACUAUGUUUUGACUCUAAAAUAAAUGAUUUAAAAAUCGAAUACUGCCUCUUUCUGUUAGUAACUACCCAUGGAUAUCACAAAUAGUGAUUACUGAUAGGUUUGUUCGUAGAAUGAUCAGCAACUCUUGCCAACCAUCAGACACAUGCGCAUUCGUAGUCUAUGAAUGCUAACUAUUAACUGCUCAUGCAUCUGAUGGUUGGCAGCAGUUGCUAAUCGUUUGUGUCAUACUACGAACAAACCUAUUAGGUCUGGAUCCCAUGUACCAAAAAAAUUGAUUAAUAGCAAGCUGAAAAUUUGUUAGUAGCUUAACGGUGUCCAGUUGGACAAACUUUGAUGUAUUGUGACACUGGAACAGGUAUAGUUUUAAUUGUGAAACAGUUUGGAAACUCAGAUUUGGAACAUCAGAUUACAAAAACAUCCCAUAUAUUUUGUCGGACAGAACAUCCAAUUGAUUUGUUAUCCUUUCAUUAAAUUCUCAUGCAAAAAUCAGACUGCUAUUACUAACCAACAUGAUUCCUGUAGUUUGACAUGGUCUUCGUGUUCUACUCAUUAAAAUGCCCAGUUGGUGAUUUUUUCACCAGUCUGGUUUUUGCAUGAGAGUUUAAUGAAUUGGUAGCAAAUCAAUUGGAAGUUUUAUCUGACAAAUUACAUAAACAUUUUCGUAGUUUGACGUUCCAAAUUUUUAACCUUUUCCACAGUUAAAACUUCCAGUGUUCCCGUACAUCGAAGUUUGUCGGACUAGACACUGUUAAGCUAUUAAUAAAUUUUCAGCUUGCUAUUAAUCAACUUUUUUUUGGUACGCGGGAUCCAGGUCUAUAUCGAAUAAAUAAAUAACAAAACAAAUUCCCUGUCAAAACUGCAUUUAUUUUGAAUAGAAUGAAAAACAAAAUAAUAUUGUUUUAACAAAAUAGGGGAUAAAUGUUAAAAUUUAGAAUUAAUAAAGUUUGUCACGUUGGCCUAAAAAUUAAUGUCACUAGUUACGUUAGGGUCACAUAUAAAUAAUUGUAAUAAUAUUAAUAAAAACCAUAAUUCCUAGCAUGAGUGCGUCCUGUUUUUUGAUAAUUUAGUUAGGCGAGGAAACAUAAAUGAGUUUCUAAUAGGGCUUUUCAUCGAUUGUCAUUUGUUUCGAGCUUCUGUUAGAUGUUGUAUAAUCCGUGUAUAAUAUUACUAUACACGGAUUAUAUGACAUAUGACAGAAGCUCAAAACAAAUGACUGUGAAUGAAAAGCCCUAUAGAGGGAACACGAAAAAAAUUAACAUUAACCGAUCAGCUCGACUUCCACAGUUCACUACUAUACAAGUUACAGGCAUGUUUUCAGCACUUAAAAUCACCAAAAACGAAAAGUUUAUAAAAUAAUCAAUCUAAUGAAUGUCUUUAAAUACUAUAUUAAGCUCAAA